AUGGUCCCGACUCCAACCUAUUUCUGUUGUGAAUGCAAGAAGACAAUACAGGUUACAGCCUACAUUUUCAAAUUUUCAGUCCGGCACACGGAGACAAAAUGCCAUGCAGAUAGGUUCUUCCACACGUGGACGUGGUUUCAUCCCUUCCCUCCACAUGUACAAAAGCCACUUGCACUUGUCAAAUUUGAAUACCACUACCCAAAACUCUCCAACUUAGCAGACACGGAGAUUAAGAAGAAAAUGUCACUAGUUAUAAGGGUGUUUUUCAUUCUUGCUUUGUUCUCACUUGCUCAUGGCAAUGAAGAGGGAUGGAUUGAUGCUCAUGCCACUUUCUAUGGAGGUGGUGACGCUUCUGGAACAAUGGGCGGGGCUUGUGGUUAUGGAAAUUUAUACAGCCUAGGGUACGGGACCGGCACGGCAGCGUUGAGCACAGUACUCUUCAACAAUGGGCAGAGUUGUGGGGCUUGUUUUGAGAUUAAAUGUGUGAAUGACCAAAAUUGGUGCCUCCCAGGCUCAAUUGUGGUCACUGCCACCAAUUUUUGCCCUCCAAAUUAUGCACUGGCAAAUAAUGCUGGCGGGUGGUGCAACCCACCUAACCAUCAUUUUGACCUCUCUCAGCCUGUCUUCCAAAAAAUUGCUCAAUACAAAGCUGGCAUUGUUCCUGUUAGUUACAGAAGGGUACCCUGCCAGAGGAGUGGUGGCAUCAGAUUCACAAUCAAUGGUCAUUCUUACUUCAACCUAGUCUUGAUCACCAAUGUUGGAGGUGCGGGCGACGUCCAAGCAGUUUCCGUCAAAGGUUCAAGGACUGGUUGGUUACCCAUGUCCCGAAAUUGGGGUCAAAAUUGGCAAAGCAACGCUGAUCUCGACGGUCAAUGCCUCUCUUUCCAAGUCACCACCAGCGACGGCCGCACGGUGGUCUGCAACAAUGCUAUCCCCACCGGUUGGUCAUUUGGCCAAACUUUCACGGGUGGCCAAUUCACUUGA